GCGCUCACUCACUCACUAACAAACACACGCACUAUCUCUCACUAACAGACUCACUCACCCCAAGCAGACACUUUCAAUUCUUUCGCUCGUGCAGAGCUUGGCCGUGAGUCGGUAACAAAGUGAGAUCGACUUUCUCAUCCAGACAUCAAGACAUCAACUACCCACAAGCAGCCAUGCAAGUCCUCCACCUGUGUCUAGCGGUGUCCAUCGCUGUGGCCCUCCUGUCCCAGGCUGCGUGGUCAGAAGAGGUGUUUGAUGACACAGACGUCGGUGAUGAGCUGACCAACGCCUUGGAGUCAGUUCUGACAGAUUUCAAAGACAAACGGGAAGCAGAAGAACCAUCAGCCUUCAUGACCCGCCUUCGCAGACAAGUUGCGCAGAUGCACGUCUGGCGUGCCGUCAACCACGACCGUAACCACGGCACUGGCUCCGGCCGUCACGGCCGCUUCCUCAUUCGUAACCGAUACCGAUACGGUGGCGGUCAUCUCUCCGACGCGUAAAUUGAUCCAAAACAACUACAUCGACGAUGACUUCAACAACAACAACAACAACAACAACAACAGCAACAACAACAACUACAACAAUAACAACAAAACUAUCACAACAACUACUAACCCCACCCCCCACCCCACCCCACCCUCACCCCCGCAAAAAAAUCACCACAACCACAAAUAGCAGCAGCAGCAGCAACAGCAAGAGUAUAAACGGGUCAUAAGGGUUGAGAGACUAAAACUCGACAAAGUGUUCGAUCUCCCCCCCACCCCUCCCAACUCCUCUCCCAAUAAAAAAUCAACAGCAAAGAGUCUGAAUGGGGCUUAAAAGAACAAAGGAAAAAAAACAGUGAUGAAAAGUGUUUCGACAUCAACUGCAGAUUGCUUGUAAUGUACAAAUAGCUCGUGACUGUUGCACUAAAUUAAAUAAGCUAAAAUGGUUAAAACAUGCAAAGAUAAGAUAUUAAUUGAUAAUGAAGCACUUCAAAUGGUUCUAGUAAUUCCAAAAUGUGAUGUCACCGAAUGUUAAACCAGGAUCGGGGUAAAGGGAGGCUUGGGUAGGGGUGAGCCCGUUAGAUUAGCUAUCACAUAAUAUAGAUAGAUAAAUUAUAAGAUUAGCACCAUUUCCUGUGCCGGUUUCCAGUCGAAUUUAUCCAGUUCAUUGUGUGUGCUGUGAUGCGUCACAAAUAAAUAAAAUACUUGUCUUUCCAAAA